CCGCUUCCUGGUUGCUGCUGUCAAACUCAAGCUGCGGUUGUGGAGUCUGCGUUGCCGCCCUGAGCGAGUUUUAAUCGACCGCGAAACGAGAAAUCCUGCAGCUCUUCCAGGGGACAAAGCAAGGGCCACGCCCAGGGACAAUGGCGUUCAGGAAGGCUCUGAAACAGACGGUGAUCAUCGGCGGCGGGUCUCUCGUUACCGUUUUUGGCCUUUCACAGCUGAUCGAGUACAAGAAGACACAGCAUGGAUUGGCUCGGUUGGCCCGCGUGGCGGCGGAAGCAGAGCUGAGGGUGCCCUUCGCCGACGAGCUGCCCACUCGGCAGGCGCAGCUCGCGGCGCUGCAGGACCCGGAGGAGUUUGACGUCCUGGUCGUUGGGGGAGGGGCCACGGGGGCAGGAUGUGCCUUAGACGCCGUCACGCGCAACCUCAAGACUGCUCUCGUGGAGAGGAACGACUUCUCUUCGGGGACGAGCAGUCGGAGCACCAAGCUGAUCCACGGCGGAGUCCGCUAUCUCCAGAAGGCCAUCAUGCAGUUGGACUACGAGCAGUACAUGAUGGUGAAGGAGGCCCUCCACGAGCGAGCCAACCUCCUGGAGAUUGCACCUCACCUGUCUGCACCACUACCCAUCAUGCUUCCUGUGUACAAAUGGUGGCAGUUGCCUUACUACUGGGCGGGGAUCAAGAUGUACGAUCUGGUCGCCGGGGUCCAUAACCUGAAGAGCAGCUACGUCCUCAGUAAGAACAAGGCCUUGGAGCACUUCCCCAUGCUGAAGAAGGACAAGCUGGUGGGAGCCAUCGUCUACUAUGACGGGCAGCACAAUGACGCCCGUAUGAACCUGGCCAUCGCCCUCAGCUCCGCCCGCUACGGCGCCGCCAUUGCAAACUACACCGAGGUGGUGCGCCUGUUGAAGACGACGGACCCGCAGACCGGCGAGGAGAAGGUGUGUGGCGCCCGCUGCAGGGAUGUCAUCACAGGACAGGAGUUUGACGUGAAGGCCAAGUGUGUGAUCAACGCCACCGGACCGUUCACCGACUCCUUGAGGAAGAUGGACAACCAGGAAACCAAAAACAUCUGCCAGCCCAGCGCCGGUGUUCACAUCGUCAUCCCCGGUUACUACAGCCCCGACAACAUGGGUCUGCUCGAUCCGUCCACAAGUGACGGACGCGUCAUCUUCUUCCUGCCCUGGGAGAAGAUGACCAUCGCCGGGACGACCGACUCGCCCACCAGUGUGACGGCCCACCCGAUCCCGGGGGAGGACGACAUCAACUUCAUCCUGAGGGAGAUCCGCAACUACCUCAGCCCCGACGUGGAAGUGCGCCGAGGAGACGUGUUGGCGGCAUGGAGCGGCAUCCGUCCCCUGGUGACCGACCCCAACUCCAAGGACACUCAGUCCAUCUGUAGGAACCACAUCGUCAGCAUCAGCGACAGCGGACUGGUCACCAUCGCCGGUGGGAAGUGGACCACCUACAGAUCCAUGGCCGAAGAGACGCUGGAUGCAGCCGUCAAGACCCACUGCCUGUCUGCGGGGCCCUGCAAGACCGUAGGUCUGAUGCUGGAGGGAGCCAAGGGCUGGACGCCGACCCUCUACAUCCGCCUGGUGCAGGACUACGGACUGGAGAACGAGGUCGCUCAGCAUCUGGCCUCCACGUACGGCGGAAAGGCCUUUGACGUGGCCAAGAUGGCUCAGGUCACCGGACAAAGGUGGCCGAUCGUGGGGAAGAGACUGGUGUCCGAGUUCCCUUACAUCGAGGGCGAGGUGCUGUACGCCAUUAAGGAGUACGCCUGCACGGCCAUCGACGUCAUCGCCCGGCGCACGCGCCUGGGCUUCCUGAACGUGCAGGCGGCCGAUGAAGCCCUCCCCCGCAUCGUGCAGAUCAUGGGGAAGGAGCUGGAGUGGAGCGAGGAGCAGAGGACGGCCGAGCUGGAAGCAGCCAGGAAGUUUUUGUACCAGGAGAUGGGCUACAGGUCUCGCUCCGAACAGCUGACCAAAACGUCCGAGAUCAACCUGGACAACCAGGAAGUGGCCAGGUACAAGAAGCGCUUCCACAAGUUCGACAAAGAGAGCAAAGGAUUCAUCACGACCGUCGACGUCCAGCAAGUCCUGGAAAGCAUCAACGUCCACAUUGAUGAAAAUGCACUCCAUGAAAUCCUCAAUGAGGUGGACCUCAACAAGAACGGACAAGUGGAAAUUGACGAGUUCAUGCAGCUGAUGAGCGCGGUGAAGAAGGGACAGGUGUCCGACAGCCGCCUGGCCAUGCUGAUGAAAACGGCCGAGGAAACGCUGAAUAAAAGAGGGCCAGUGACGGUAGACCGGAGCGGGGGUGGAUUCUGAGCCCCGAGAACGCCAAGAGAACAAAUUCAGCCUCUGGUCUUUUUUGUUGUUGUUGUUUUUAUAAAAAGGUGGCGACUACAAAAAGGGGGCCUCAUGCAAAUAAGGCGCUAUUUGAAUGACAAUAACGCAAUCAGGCGCACGGUGAAUUUAGCCGAAUCAAGCGUCCC